AUGGACAGUUGUGUUGGCGUGGUGGCCCUGGGUGAGCAUCGAUCGAGCUCACGUCAAUAUGUAAUUAGCUGGACUGUGAGGCAUGUAUGGGACCGAGGCAGGUUAGACAGCACGGCGGCUCCGCUGCUGCGGCGGCGGGCCCGGGCGGCCGGCGGCGCCGUCGAGAGCGCGCUCACACCUACGCACACACAGCGCGCCCUCGACGCCCGCCGCCGCUCUACCACGAUUACUUAUAGGCAGGAGGAUUAUCGGAGGAUCGAAGGGCUUCGUGCGGAAGUCGCGGACGGGGAUCGAGUUUCAGAUGGUGACAAAGGGAACGGAACCACUACAGUGGAGUGUUCCUGUGUGUACCGGGGUCACUGCUCGAUGCUAGAAGUGUAA